AUGAGCAAACUUUUGGGUGAGGUCUUUCUCGAGAGCAUCGCCCAUGAGCAGACUCAAGACACGGAGCUUACGGCUCAGUUAUUGAAGUCACUUUCGCUAUCUCAAUUGGUUUCCAAGGGCCUCGCUGUGAAUCACCUAGCUAUACAGAACGUCAGAACAGGGCUAGCGGGGAGGAUGUAUGUGGAAUUGGGCCCUGAUCUUGCGUACAGCGAAGAGGUGAUUCGAGGAGAGGUCAAAAAUGGGGAUUUGGUACUGAUUAAAUCCCCUUCCGGCAUCCAAAAAGAUGGCGCCAGUUGCGAGGGAGUAGUUACUAAAAGUACAGAGAAGCUCAUCACAAUUGCCGUUGAUGAAACCAGAGAGAGUGAUGCUAUGAAUCUUUACAAUGUGUCUAGAAUUCACCUGUUGAAAAUGACCAACACCAUUACUUACAAGCGAAUGCAAUCUACGAUGCGCAAACUAUGUGAACUUGAAGGCACCCCGAGCAACGAUAUUGUACGGUAUCUGACAGAAAGUUCAGAUUAUACGCCACAAUUCCAAAAGCUCAAUACUGUGUUCUUCAAUCAUGAAUUGAACGCAUCGCAAAAAAAGGCCAUCGAUUUCUCCUUGCAAAACAAGUUGAGCAUCAUACAUGGCCCACCUGGGACAGGUAAGACCCAUACUUUGGUGGAGUUGAUCAGACAGCUACAUAAGCAAGGGCAGAGGGUGCUUGUAUGCGGCCCAUCUAACAUUUCAGUGGACACAAUUUUGGAACGACUGGCCAAAGUUCUCCCUGGCCAGGAGCUCUUGAGAAUCGGUCAUCCCGCCCGUCUAUUAGAAAGAAACCUCUCCCAUUCCUUGGAAGUCUUGUCGAAAAGUGGCGAUGCAGGCGCUAUCGUCAAAGAUAUUAUUCAGGAUAUUGAUCGAACUUUAGCCAAAAUCAAGAAGUUUAAGUCGUACAAGGACAGGAGAGAGGGCUGGAAAGAGGUAAAAGAAUUACGUAAAGAACUCAAACUGCGUGAACGCAAGGUUGUCACCGACCUAAUAUUAUCUGCCAAAGUAAUUGUCUCAACCCUUCAUGGUUCUAGCGCUCGCGAACUGGUCAAUUGCUACUCGCAAACGGAACAUCUUUUCGACACUUUGAUAAUUGAUGAAGUAUCACAGAGUUUAGAGCCACAAUGCUGGAUACCAUUGAUGUCCCAUCAAAAAUCAAACAUCAAGAAACUUGUACUGGCCGGAGACGACAAGCAAUUGCCGCCAACGAUCAAGACUGAAAACAAUAUCAAAAUCAAAGAAACUUUAAGCCGAACACUGUUUGACCGUUUGGUAAAAAAUUACGGUGAUAGCUUCAGAAACCUGCUGGAUACCCAGUAUCGAAUGAAUAUUGAUAUUAUGACAUUUUCGUCACAGAAAAUGUAUGGUGGCCAGCUAAAAGCAGCUGAAUCAGUUGCUAACUCGACAUUAGCAGAUCUUCCGACUGCCGACAGUACCGAUGAAACGGAAGUGCCCUUGAUUUGGUACGACACGCAAGCCGGUGAUUUCCCCGAGAAGGACGACAACAACGACAGCACAGCUUUGGUCUCCUCUAAACUCAAUGAAAAUGAGGCUUACUUGGUCUUAUACCAUAUUUCCAAUCUGGCAUCCAGUAACGUUCCCCAGGAGGCAAUAGGUGUCAUUUCACCUUACAAUGCCCAGGUUUCCUUUCUCAAGAAACUGAUACAUAAUGUAUAUCCCUUGGUGGAAAUAUCAACAGUUGAUGGGUUCCAGGGGCGCGAAAAAGAAGUCAUUGUAUUAUCGCUGGUAAGAAGUAAUGACAAGUUCGAGGUGGGGUUCCUUGCCGACGAAAGACGAUUAAACGUAGCUAUGACGAGGCCCAAAAAACAAUUGUGUGUCGUGGGAAACAUGGAAACUUUGCGACGCAGCAAGGUCAAAUAUCUAGAGGAUUGGGUAACGUGGUCGGAGGAAAAUAGCGAGGUUAGAUAUCCAGAGCUAGGCGACAUUCUCUAA